AUGAAGGACUUAAUUGCGAUAACAAGAGAAAGCAAAAAGUGAGCUGAAGGAGAUCGGAAAAAGGCAUAUGAAUAAGCAAACAGGUUAAUGGUUAGAUAGUGAUUCGUUAUAAGACGAAGAGGAAUCAGUGGAAGCAGGAGCAAAUCUACUAAACCAACAUCAAUCAUCACCUCCGACGCCAUUAUUGUUAUCUUCUUAAUCCUCACCAAAAUAUCGGUAAACAUCUCUCUGAGAAUAUUCGAUCGAAUCGCUCGAUCAAUCUGUAAUCGGCGGCAAUGGCGACACGUUACUGGGUGGCGUCUCUCCCCGUCGGUCAAGGCGGCUCCUCCUCGUCCGUAUGGAGUCGUCUUCAGGAAUCCAUCUCCAAACAAGCCUUCGACACCUCUCUAUACAGAUUCAACAUUCCAAAUCUACGCGUUGGCACCCUGGAUUUGCUUUUGGCUCUCAGCGACGACCUAUCGAAGGCGAACAACUUCAUUGAAGGAGUGUCGCACAAAAUCCGGCGUCAGAUUGAGGAAUUGGAGAGGGUCUCGGGAGUUGUUAGUAGCUCGCUUACUGUGGACGGGGUUCCUGUGGACUCUUAUCUUACCAGAUUCAUGUGGGAUGAGGCAAAGUAUCCCACAAUGUCACCGCUGAAGGAGAUUGUGGACGGAAUUCAUGUUCAAAUUGCCAAGAUUGAGGAUGAUCUCAAGGUUCGUGUCUCUGAAUAUAGCAAUGUGCGCAGCCAACUGAAUGCCAUUAACAGAAAGCAGGCUGGAAGUUUAGCUGUUCGUGAUCUUUCAAAUUUAGUGAAACCAGAAGACGUUGUUAGUUCGGAACACUUGACUACCCUUCUCGCAGUUGUUUCAAAGUAUUCUCAGAAAGACUGGUUAUCAAGCUACGAGACACUGACAACAUAUGUGGUUCCCAGAUCUUCGAAGAAGCUACAUGAGGAUAAUGAAUAUGCUCUUUACACUGUGACAUUAUUCAGUCGUGAUGCUGACAAUUUUAGAACCAAGGCACGUGAAAGAAGUUUCCAGAUUCGCGAUUUUGAAUAUAAUACUGAGACACAAGACAGUCGGAAGCAGGAGCUUGAAAAACUGAUGCAAGACCAGGAGACAAUGAGAAGCUCUCUUUUGCAAUGGUGCUAUACUAGUUACGGAGAGGUUUUUAGUUCCUGGAUGCAUUUCUGUGCUGUAAGAGUUUUUAGUGAAAGCAUUCUCCGAUAUGGCCUGCCACCAUCUUUUCUGUCUGUUGUACUGUCACCUCCAGUAAAAAGUGAGAAGAAAGUUCGCUCCAUUCUUGAGGGAAUGUGUAGCAAUUCAAACAGCACAUUCUGGAAAACUGAGGACGAGGGAGGAAUGGGCGGCCUUGCAGCAGGCGAAGCAGAUGCUCAUCCUUACGUCUCAUUCACCAUUAAUCUUAUUUAAGAUUACAUGAAUAUGCAGUCGACAUGUUGCGAAACAGAUGGGAAAUGUUCCAUCUCUGCAAGUUGGCAAAUUGACAGUAUGGUGUAAAUGCAGCCCUAGAGAUGUGGAAUAUAGAAUGGAACAGAGUGAUGCAAACUGCUCUGUGAUUUUACUCAUUCUCGGACAACAUUGCACAUGUUAUGAAUAACUUAGUAUUUUAUCAGUGAGCAGAAUUUGUUGCAUUGUGCAGGAGAUAGAUAUUUGCCAAUUUUUCAUUUAUCCAUAUUGGCAACAGUGUCAGUGUGAGAGUAACUGGUAGAGAUGUUGAUCACAACUCACAAGCCACCGAAACAUUGAUUCUUCAUUGCCACAUGAUAUAUAGAUAUUCGUAGCAAUAAAUAUAGUUUAUAACCCUGA